AUGUUUUUUGAUUUUUCUGAAUUAAAAAAAAAUGUAUUUCCUGUCCCCACCAGCUGUCCUUUUUGCCUGUUGCAACUGACUAAGGUGGAUGGGGGAGGUGAAAAACAUCCCAAACUGGAAGGAGUCUACGAUGAUCCACGUUGCAUUGAAGAGCCAAAUCAUUCAGUUCUAGUUAUCGGCUAUGGCGCCCUGGAUGGGAAGGACUUUUGGCUUGUGAAAAACAGCUGGGGCGUAAAGUUCGGUGACAAAGGGUACAUUCGAAUCUCCAGGAACAAAGGAAACCAAUGUGGUAUUGCCAGCUACGGUUCUUAUCCACAAAUAUAGAGGGACGCUCUGCUUCAGACUGCACUCUGGAGAUGUGGUCUGUUAAACUGCUAGUCUUAGCCUUGCUGUAAUCUAACUGCUCUGUUUGAGAACAAUGUAUGGGCUCUAAUGGCAAAAUGCUCUCAUCAGAUCCACCUGACAGACCUGAGACAAGCAGCUGAAAUGAUGAAUGAUCGUGAUUGGUCUGGUCCAGAAUUUGGGCACUUUUAGCUCAUUCUCCCUAUCCCGCAGGGGUGUUUGUGAUUGAUUAAUGUCUAUGUAUUGCUUUGUGCAUGUGAAGUGCUAUUUCAGUGCUAGCUAUUGUCACUGCUGCUGUCUCAAAAUGUGUUGGAGUGAAGGCCGUGUCACACAGAUAUAACUAGUCCAGGGGUUGGCAACCUUUCAGAAGUGCUGUGCCGAGUCCUCAUUUAGUCACUCUGAUUUAAGGUUCCG